AAAGAAAACCCCACAUGAGGGAGCGGAACAAAACCAGAGAAAAGGAAGGCCAAAGAGUCGAAAAGAUGGUUCGGAGAAAUCCUUUGCUCCUACUCUCCCUUUUCUUCUUCUCCGUCAGCACCUCCAUCUCUGCAGAGCUGAAAGCGUCUCCUUCGGAUCACGGAACCAGCGGGAGCAAUGGAGGGUUCCGUCGAAGAGUUUUACUCGGUUUCAAGGAAACGCCUAGCGGAAGUAACACAACCUUCGAUUGCGCUCCUUCCGGGGCCUGCGUACCCUGCCAAUACUCAGAGAAGCAGAGCGAGCCAAAGUACCGAUGCAGUGAGACUGGGUAUCGUAUCCCGUUGAAAUGUGUGGAGAUAAAGGACGGUGUCAAACUUGAAAAACAAGGAAAAUUUAAGAAGAAUCGAUCUGAUCUGGACACGUCUGAUGAAAGUAGAAAUCAAGAGACUUCUUCGACCGAGGGUAGAAAUUUGGCGGAGGACUCAAAGAAACAAGAUGGCAGUGGAUCACAGGCUUACAUUACUUACAGAAGUUGUAUACCGCCUGUCGAUGAAGAGAAGGUUUCAGUGCUUGGUUUUGAGGGCAUUGUGCUGUUCUUCAUGGUUGCAAGUGGUUCAUUCGUGUACUACCGGAAGAAGCAGACAGGAACUAUGCCAGGUGCAGGUAGAAUCCAAAUGAACUCUCGGUUUUGAACCCUUGCAUAGCAUGUUGCGCGGUCCGUAGUAUUGUAGAGUAGGAGAAUUAUAUUGUACUUAUUUUCACUGUAUUGUGGAAUUUUCCUGUAUGUAUUGUAUCUUUUGCUCUUGUAGUUGAUGUUUUUCUUGCAAUUGAUGCUGUAUUUAAUUGAAUCAUCAGUACUUUGUAGUCACAUUGAAUGACGAGUUUUAGCAGUUUAUACAACUUCUGCUUCUCUCGUUCAGAUGCGUACAAUGUUGGAAUUUUGGACCUCUUUGUAGUAAGUUUUGGGC